AUGGUAGAGUCAAAGUAUCAGAUUGCUGGAGGCUCUUGCCGUUACAUGUUUGACUUCACGACGGACGAGGUUAUGAAACGCCUCAGUGUAGCGAUUGGAAGCGUGCAGGACUACAAUGCCAUGUUGAAUUUCAAGCAAGGUGACCGAACAUCGGAAUUGGUGAACCGGCUGCACGGGAAGUACCUUAUCAAUGGACAGGAGUACUCUGGACUUAUCAGCAGGUAUGCUGCGACGGAACUGGCAAUUUGUAGGGGAGAAGCAAUGGUGAAGGAGAUAGAGGCAUUUGCAGAUGGCAACCGUAACCCGGUACUUGGAGGAUUUUUGUUUGAAAUGCUGUUACAAGAUGUCGCCUGGGAAAGGUGUGCCGUGCUGGACUUUGACCCGAAGAAAGGCUACGAGCUUCUGGUAUGCCUGAAGCCGUGGAAGUGGAAUCGGGGCGGAUACGAUGCUGUCAUAGUAGGGCCCAGGGAAGAAGCUAGUGCUGUUUGUGCAGACAAGCACGCGAGCGACGCGUGA